UAUAUCCUCAAACGCCGUCUCUCACCUCAUUCACGUGGUCAGUGGACGGCUAUCACCAUGUUUGCCAGAUCGAGGUUCGUAGCUAGACGGGCCAUCAAAUUUGGGUCUGGCUCGAGAACGUUGUCUACCACUUUACCCCGAAGAGCCGAUAUCACCUUGACUGUUGAUGGUAAAGAAGUUACUGUGCCUCAAGGUACCGCCCUCAUCCAAGCCUGCGAAGCAGCAGGAGCCACCGUCCCUCGAUUUUGUUAUCAUGACCGACUCGCCAUUGCCGGCAAUUGUCGAAUGUGUCUCGUCGAAGUCGAACGAUCCCCCAAACCAGUAGCAUCAUGCGCUAUGCCCGCCAUGCCCGGUUCGAAAGUUUUCACCAACACACCUCUCGUUCAUAAAGCUCGUGAAGGCGUAAUGGAAUUCUUACUCGCCAAUCAUCCUCUAGAUUGUGCAAUUUGCGAUCAAGGAGGUGAAUGUGAUCUACAAGAUCAAUCCAUGCGAUACGGUUCUGAUCGUACUCGAUUCCACGAAAUAACCGGUAAACGUGCUGUCGAAAAUAAAGAUUUAGGACCUAUAGUCAAAACAUCCAUGAAUCGAUGUAUCCAAUGUACACGUUGUGUACGAUUCGCAAAUGACGUAGCUGGAGUAGAAGAUCUCGGUACAACAGGAAGAGGAAAUGAUUUACAGAUCGGAAUGUAUGUCGAAAAAGUUAUGGAUAGUGAAAUGUCUGGGAACAUCAUCGAUCUUUGUCCAGUGGGAGCUCUUACGAGUAAACCGUAUGCUUUUCAAGCUAGACCUUGGGAGUUGAAGAAAACGGAAAGUAUAGAUGUUUUAGAUGCUGUGGGAAGUAACAUUCGAAUCGAUUCAAGAGGCGUUCAAGUCAUGCGUAUCCAACCGAAAAUAAACGAUGAAGUCAACGAAGAAUGGAUCAAUGAUAAAACUCGAUAUGCCUACGAUGGUCUGAAGUAUCAACGUCUCACAACUCCUUUGGUUAGAGAAGGAGAUCGUUUCGUACCUGCUACAUGGGAACACGCCCUCGAAACUAUUCGUCAUGGUCUGAUCAAUUCCGGUGCAAAAGGAGACGAGAUCAAAGCGGUCGCAGGUCAUUUGGCAGAUACAGAAUCCCUCACCACACUGAAAGAUCUUUUCAACAAAUUAGGUUCGGAAAAUCUUACACUUGAUCAACCUUUCGGAGAUUCACCCCCUGCGACAGGUGUAGAUCUUCGUUCAAAUUAUCUAUUCAAUACGGGCAUAGAAAAUAUUGAAGAAGCGGAUGCUGUAUUGCUCAUUGGUACCAAUCCGCGACAUGAAGCAGCAAUCAUCAACACUCGAUUCAGGAAAUCUUUCCUUCGACGUGGUGCAAACUUUGGUCUGAUCGGUGAGACUUUCCCCUCGACGUUCGAAUUGGAACAUUUGGGUCAGAGUGCAAAAGAUGCGGAAACGUUUUUCAGUAAACCUGGUAAUGGGACAUUCGCAAAGAUUUGGAAAGAGGCAAAGAAACCUUUGAUCAUUGUUGGAAGUGCGGUCAUGGAGACUAAAGAUGGAGCGGCCGUUUUGAAAGCUGUUAGUAAACAUGUUUUGGCGAAUCAGGCAAGGUUCUUGAAUCAGGAAUGGAAUGGUUUCUCUAUAUUGCAGAGGGCCGCCUCCCGCGCAGCAGCUUACGAUCUCGGUUUCACCCCUUCCACCACUUCAUCCUCUGUCAAACCCAAAUUCAUUUAUCUUCUCAAUGCCGACGAAUUCGAUCCCACCACCAUCCCAUCUUCCUCUUUCGUCGUCUAUCAAGGUCAUCACGGUGAUCUAGGUGCACAAUACGCAGACGUCUGUUUACCCGGUUCAGCUUACACUGAAAAAUCAACAACUUGGAUAAACACUGAAGGUCGAGCACAAUUAGGUAGAACAGCCGUUCCACCACCAGGAGCAAGUAGAGAAGAUUGGAAAAUCCUUCGUGCAUUGAGCGAAGUUUUAAACCAACCUUUACCCUAUGACGAUGUCUUAGCUUUGAGAGAUAGAAUGUGGGAUAUCUCUCCUACGUUGGUACGAUACGAUUCGAGGGAAAUACCUUCUGUCGAAUUGACAAAAUUGGGAUUACAAGUUUUAUCAGAGAACAAGACGAGUCAAGCAUCAGGAGAAAAGUUUAAGAAACCUAUUGAAGAUUUCUAUAGGACAGAUCCGAUAAGUAGAGCUUCGGUCACUAUGGCCGCGUGUAGUAAGGCUUUCACAAAAGGGGAUUAUGUACCGGCCGAUGUGGAUGAAGGAGCGACGGCACAGGCUUCUUAUGCUUGAUGGAAAUGGUAUGUACCGUUGUUUUCUACAUGACUCCGUGUCGGACCAAAGACUGCAUGGUUGCGAGGUUGAGUGGAGUGUUGGGGAUGGAGAACUUGCAACUGGGAGAGUGAGUGGGAGAGUGACUGGCGACUGACUGGGCGAGUGAGUGGGCGAGUGAGUGGGAGAGUGAGUGGGAGAGUGAGUGGGAGAGUGAGUGGGAAAGUGAGCGGGAGAGUGGGCUGCUGCAAGCUGUCAGGGAUGGUGAAUGGGCGGAUACGUCAUUGAGCGGAGGAGACGUGGCGGCCAUAUACCUGUAGAUGGGAUGUAAUCUACUCGAGUACUCGUACUCGUACUCGUACUCAUCAUUGACUUGAUCCAAGACGAUCAACAAGAUUAGUUGGAAAAGUCGUCUAAAUGAGAUAGAUGCAUAGCAUGAGCAAUUUC